AUGGGUUUACAAUUGCAACCAAGAUACCUCACCAGCUCUGAGAGAGCUAAGGUCCUUGAAUUCCAAGAAAAGAUUCACUAUUCAGCAAGAUACUCUGACGACAAUUUCGAGUAUCGCCAUGUCAUACUACCACGAAACAUGUUGAAGGUUAUUCCCGACGACUAUUUCAAUCCUGAUAGCAACACUUUGAGAAUUCUAUUGGAAGAGGAAUGGAGAGGACUUGGGAUAACACAAUCUUUGGGCUGGGUCCACUACGAAACUCAUGCUCCUGAACCUCAUAUCUUGCUCUUCAAAAGACCCAAAGAUUUCGAUCCAAACAGAUAUUAA